AUGACACAGGCAAUGCCAGUGUCAUUAUACAAACAAACGCCACCACAACAACAACAAUGCCACCCGGUAAUUAUCUACACACAUUCUCCAAAGGUCAUUCAUACUCAGCCUAAAGAUUUCAUGUCAUUGGUGCAAAAGCUCACCGGCCUCUCUCGCUCAGAUGAAAAGGAGGAUGAGGACGGUGGCAACCCAACGCCGCAACAACCCUCAAACCAGAAAUUUGGGGGUGACGUUGCGGUGGCCGUGGGAGACAAAGAAAGUGGUCGAAAAAAUGAGGACAACGAGACAUCAUCGGUCAUAACAACCGAAGAAAAUUAUUGUAGUAGCGUGGGAGAAAACCAAGUUAACUCUUGUUUCAUGACGGGGGAGCCAUCAAUGCUAGAGCCUAGGUUGAACCCUUACGUGACAAAUUUGCCGGUGUUGGCACCGAGCUCGGCGGAGUUUGCGUGUUCGAGUCAGCCAUUCUUGAAUUACACGGAUUCUUUGUUUUUCUCUCAUAACAUGAGGAACUCUAUUCCAUCAUCUGUGACAUUGGAAGGGAUGAAAGAGUUCCGUGAGCAUUGA